AUGUCUUCGUCGUCAGGAGCCGCACUCAUUGCCCAAGCGCUUCAGGAACUAGGCGUAAAAGUUAUUUUUGGCCUGGUUGGAAUCCCAGUUGUUCAGAUUGCUGAAGAGGCAAUUGCCCUCGGCAUCCGCUUCAUUGCGUUUAGGAACGAGCAAGCGGCGAGCUAUGCAGCAACAGCAUAUGGAUACCUGACAGGUAAACCUGGAGUUUGCCUGGUCGUUGGUGGUCCUGGAGUGCUCCAUGCUUGGGCUGGCAUUGGCAAUGCAUCUGCCAAUGCUUUCCCAUUACUCUUGCUUGCUGGUUCCAGCGAGACUCACUUGGUUACAAAGGGCGCUUUCCAGGAGAUGGACGCUAUAACGCUGCUAUCUCCCCAUACAAAAAUAUCAAUCCGGUCCACUAUCGACUCGAUCCCCGAAAGUCUUACGAAUGCGUACAAGACGGCGUGGUACGGUAGGGGCGGGCCGACAUUUGUUGAUCUACCAGCAGAUGUGAUACAGGGAGAUGGAGAAAAGACAAUGGCAUAUGCGGUACCAGAACCCCCCAAAGCGGCCUCAGAUCCUGAGAAGAUACGAGUGGUGGCACAGUUGCUCAAAUCGGCAAAGGCACCUUUAGUUAUUGUUGGAAAAGGCGCAGCCUAUGCGCAAGCCGAAUCCGUUAUACGGAAGUUAAUCGACGAGACGAGAAUUCCGUUCUUACCGACACCCAUGGGAAAAGGCGUCCUUCCAGAUUCCCAUGCUUCCAAUAUAGCUUCCGCAAGAUCCACCGCACUGAAAGGCGCGGACGUUGUCUUGAUAUUAGGUGCUAGACUGAACUGGAUAUUGCACUUUGGCGACGAGCCCAAAUGGAAUUCAGCCGUCGAAAUAUGCCAAGUUGACAUCUCAGCGGAGGAGCUGGGCAAGAACAAUGGAGAUGCCUCUCUUGGUAUUGUUGGAGAUAUCAAGGUUGUUACAUCACAGCUUCUUAAUGAACUCGAGGGAUGGCAAUAUGAUACAUCCUCGGAUUUUGUUCGUGCCCUAAAAGCUAGCGAAAAGAAGAACGUGGCUAAAGCAGCCAAAUCUGCAAAGGUAGAUAGUACCCCAAUGACUUAUGAGAGGACUUUCGACGUUAUCAGGGAAACUAUUGACGCCAUCUCGCCCGUGGAAGACGGAGGCGUUGUCUAUGUAUCAGAAGGAGCCAAUACAAUGGACAAAUCGCGUUCUGCUUUCAAUGUUGAGCAUCCCAGAUUGCGUCUUGACGCAGGCACGUACGCUACCAUGGGAGUGGGCUUAGGUUAUGCGAUUGCUGCACAUUGUGCAUACAACCUGCCUUCUCCCGAAGCCGCAUCUGGUCCAGAAUCAUCUCGCAAGAAAGUUGUUUGCCUUGAAGGAGACUCUGCAUUCGGGUUCUCACUGGCGGAAGUCGAAACCAUGGCAAGAUAUGGAAUGGAUAUACUGAUUUUCGUAAUCAAUAAUGGAGGCGUAUACCAUGGUGACAGUGAAGAUUCAGAUGCUUGGCUGGAAAUGCAACGAAAUACAAUCGAGGGGAAAUCAAAGGGUGCGUUGAGAAGUUCAAGUCUUGGAUGGGAAGUAGGGUAUGAAAAUAUCGCCAAAAUGUGUGGUGGUAAAGGAUAUCUUGUCCGAACCCCUGAAGAGCUUGCCAAAGCUACAGAGGAGGGAUUCAAGGCGAAUGUUCCGGUCGUUGUAAACGUAAUAAUUCAGGCAGGACAAGCUCAAAAGCUAGAAUUUGCUUGGCAAAACAACUCUAAAAAGGCAAAGAAAGACUCUAAAUUGUGA